AUGAAACUCUUUGAAACUCCAAUUGAUAUUUGGUUAAGUAUCAAGGACCUUCUGACACCAGCAGAUGUCGAAAACAUCAUAAAUACCACUUCUACCAUCUGGAAACAGAUCUUCAAAGAUACUAGUUGGCUGAAGUUUGCCCUGGCAUUUGAUGGAUGUUCUCCAGUUCUCAUUGGCCAUUUGAGCGCCUAUCGCCCUAGGAAAUCGUCAAAUCGUCUCUAUCUUGCUCUUCUCGCAGGUGAUUACUCAGGUGAUCUCAGAUAUGAAAGUGAAAGGUUCUUUGCCGCUCUUCAGGAUGGCUGGAAAUAUGACGAAAAUAAAUACGAGGUUGACUUCUCUUCUGGCAUUACCCUAAACAUCUACGAGGUUAUUAAAUCUCUUGAUACGGUAGAGCUACCUUUGGAAAAAGUUUUUACGAACACAAAGCAAGGAGUCUACUCGGAAUACUGUUACUACAAUAAUCCGGCGAUAAAGGAACUUCGGUCAUCCGAUAUCGUAAAAUGGGAUCCUGACUACAAACAACCGCGUCCAUAUGUGUUUGGUGGGUGGAAUGGUCCCGCCUGCAAGGGUAGGGACAUCAAACACGGUUGCAGGAUUACACUUUUGAACCAGCAUAUGAAGAAAGACUACUGCCUUUUUCCAAGUCAUAAGAAAAGCAAGCUAUGGGCAAAGAUGACACGGAGUGUGCGCGAUUGCUCAGUGCGUUGA